AUGUACACCGCUACUGAGCUCUACCCCAAUGCUGAGGUCGGCAAUGCUGUACAUGAGUAUUGCAUCAACCACUCAACAGCUGUACCGAAGCACAUCGAUGAACACCGUAAUAACACUAUCGAAUGGGCCACGAAGACGAAUAAUGAUGCAGAUAUGAUGAUAAACACCCUGCAGGCACAAUUCUUGAUAUUCUUUGCAAAAGCACAAGGCGUUAAACGAGUUCUCGAAAUUGGUAUGUUUACCGGGUAUUCGGCGCUUGCUUGGGUUGAGGCCCUGAAAGAUAAGCCCGAUGCAGAAAUCGUUUGUCUCGACAUCCCGGGUCAAUCUACCGACUUUGCCAAGGAGACAUUUGUCAAGACAAAGGUGGAUAACAUUAUUAAGGUCAUCGAAGGAAAUGCUGAAACAAGCAUUGACUCUCUCGCCGGUCAAAAAUUUGACCUGAUAUUCAUCGACGCGAAUAAGGACGGCUAUGUAACAUACUUCGAAAAGGUUCUCAAUCUCAACCUCUUGUCGCCAAAGGGUAUCAUCAUUGCAGAUAAUGCUUUGAAACGUGGUCUAGUUGCGGAUAACUCAGAACGCAAUCCUGCUAGCAAAGAUGAGGGUCAAAUGGGGAACUAUGUGCAUAUUGAUAGGUUCAAUAAAUUUGUCAAGGAUGACCCAAGGGUGGAGCAUGUGCUUCUCCCUGCCUUUGACGGGUUGAACAUGAUCAGAUUGAAGUAG